AUGGGACAAAAAAUAAAUCCACUUGGUUUCAGACUUGGUACAACCCAAAGUCAUCAUUCUCUUUGGUUUGCACAACCAAAAAAUUACUCUGAGGGUCUACAAGAAGAUCAAAAAAUAAGAAACUGUAUCAAGAAUUAUGUAAAAAAAAAUGCGAAAAUAUCUUCUGGUAUUGAAGGAAUUGCACGUAUAGAGAUUCAAAAACGAAUUGAUGUGAUUCAGGUCAUAAUAUAUAUGGGAUUCCAAAAAUUAUUAAUAGAAAGUAGACCUAAACGAAUCGAAGAAUUGCAGAUGAAUGUACAAAAAGAACUUAAUUGUGUGAAUCGAAAACUCAAUAUUACUAUUACAAGAAUUACAAACCCCUAUGGGCACCCUACUAUUCUUGCAGAAUUUAUAGCCGGACAAUUAAAGAAUAGAGUUUCAUUUCGCAAAGCAAUGAAAAAAGCUAUUGAAUUAACUGAACAGACAGAUACAAAAGGAAUUCAAGUGCAAAUUGCGGGACGUCUUGACGGAAAAGAAAUUGCACGCGUCGAAUGGAUUAGAGAGGGUAGAGUUCCUCUACAAACCAUUGGAGCUAAAAUUGAUUAUUGUUCGUAUACAGUUAGAACUAUUUAUGGGGUAUUGGGCAUAAAAAUUUGGAUAUUUCCAGACAAGAAAUAA